AUGGCAUGUGUAGAGUUUACGGUGAAUGGGCAGAAAUGUUCAGUCAACAAUCUCGUGCCUCGCGAAACUUCUUUAUUCUCCUACCUCAGAUACUACCUGUGUCUUCCCGGCACGAAGGCGAUGUGCCAUCAGGGCGUGUGCGGAGCCUGCAUUGUGAACGUAUACGCUCGGAGGCCGACUUCCGGUGAAGUCGAGACUUUUUCCAUCAACUCUUGUUUGAUACUGGUAUUUUCCUGUCACGGUUGGGACAUCACUACGGUGGAAGCAGUUGGUAGCCGCGGUAAGGGAUACAGCGAUUUCCAGAAGAGAAUAGCUGCGUUCAAUGGCACACAGUGUGGUUAUUGUACACCUGGAUGGGUGAUGCAGAUGCGGAGUCUCCUACCAAAGAAAUUAACGAUGGCUCAACUGGAGAACUCUUUUGGCAGUAAUACAUGCCGAUGUACUGGUUAUAGACCAAUAAUGGACACGAUAAAAACAUUCGCCGAUGAUCCUAGUUCAGAAUUAUGUCAGCGAGUCCAAGACAUUGAGGAAUUGUCGACUUGCGUGAAGGAUAAAAUGAGGAUUUGUGAUCGGAGGUGCUCUGAAACCAGCGAGAGCGACUGGAGCAUCGUUAACGAGGCCAGUGAAUCAGAUGGGCCGUUAGAAAUUAAUUUCGGUGACAGGAUGUUCUUUAAAGUUUUCGAAGAAGAUCAUAUAUUUGAAAUUUUUAGGAAUUAUGGAGUUGAUUCUUAUAAACUCAUUGACGGCAAUACUGGAAAAGCUAUCUUACGUGACUACAGUUAUCCUUCAAUACUAAUUGACAUCAGCGAUGUGGCCUUUCUGAAGCAGUAUAAUUUUGAUCAGAACCUCGUCCUGGGAGCUAAUAUCUCACUGGAAGAAUGUAUACAAAUAUUUAAAGAAACGGCAGCUACUAAGGAAGAUUUUGCAUAUUUAGAGGAACUAGCAAAACAUAUCGAUUUAAUCGCUCAAAUUCCAGUAAGAAAUGUCGGUUCUCUGGCCGGAAAUAUCAUGCUGAAACAUAUCAAGCCUUCCUACCCGUCCGAUUUGUUCAUACUGUUCGAGGCAGUCGGAGCCACUGUCACUAUUUGUGAAGGAACUAAUAAUACAGUUACUUUGUCAUUGCCAGAUUUUCUUAAGUGCAAUAUGAAAGGCAAAUUAUUAAUAAACUUCGAAUUACCUCCACAAGGUUCCAAUCAUAUAUUCAGAAGUUACAAGAUAACGGCAAGAAGUCAAAACGCGUUAGCGAUUGUAAACGGUGCCUUUAACAUCAAAAUGAAUUUAAGCAACAGUAGUAUAAUAAAAGCCAGUAUUGUUUAUGGAAACAUAUCUACUAAAUUUAUUCAUGCGAAACAAACAGAAGCAUAUGUAAAGGGAAAGAAUAUAUUUAACAACAAAACCUUACAAGAAGUUAUUAAAGUAUUAAGUAAGGACUUAGUUCCCGAAGAUAUGCCUCCGGCUGCUUCUCCGGAAAUCAGAAAAAAAAUGGCAAUAGGUCUUUUUUACAAGUUCGUCUUAAGUAUAAGCCCGAAGAAUCUUCUCACUUCUAAAUACGAAUCCGGCGGCACUCUUAUAUACCGCCCUGUCUCGAGUGGAAAACAAGAUUUCCAAACCGAUCCCUCUCUUUAUCCUCUCAACCAACCAGUACAGAAACUAGAGGCCGUAAUACAGAGUUCUGGGGAGGCUCAAUAUGUGAAUGAUAUACCGCCCUUGCCAAGGGAAGUUUUUUGUGCGUUUGUUCUGUCAACAGUCCACAAUGGUGAAGUGAAUGUUAUUGACAGUAAAGACACUUUGGCUACACCAAAUGUUUUAGCAGUAUACACUGCUAAAGAUAUCCCUGGUGUAAAUUCGUUCACAAUGCCUGGAUUCCAAUUGCAAACUGAAGAUGAAGUAAUUUUAGCUGACAAAAAUAUUCAAUACUAUGGUCAACCGGUAGCAAUAGUAGUCGCAACUAAUCAAGAGCUAGCUAUUAGUGCUUCCUAUAAAGUUAAAGUUACUUAUAAGAAUGUUAAAAAUGUACCUCCUGUUUUGACAAUCAACCAAGCUAAGCAAGUUCCGGCAAGAGUAAUAGCUGGUCCCACUAUUGAACCAAAAGGAAGAGGUUCUAACGUAAAGAAAAUAAUAAAAGGUGUUUAUGAAAUAGGAGCACAGUAUCAUUAUUAUUUGGAACCUUUGUCAUGUGUGUCAAUUCCUCUUGACAAGGGAUUGGAAGUCUAUGAUGUUACUCAAUGGAUGGAUUUGACUCAAGCAGCUGUAGCUCGCUGUUUGAAUAUAUCAGAAAGCGAUGUUCACGUGAAGGUCCGACGUCUUGGCGGUGGUUUCGGUGGAAAAAUCAGUCGUAAUGUGCAAGUAGCUUGCGCUAGCGCAAUCGUUGCUAAGACUCUCAAUCGACCGUGUAGGUUUAUAUUGCCUUUGGAUACUAACCUGACUAUUGCUGGAAGGAGGUUACCCUGCCAGUGCGAAUAUGAGGUCGGUGUGGACGACGAUGGGAAAAUCCAAUAUUUAAAUGCUACAAUCACGGAAGACGAUGGCUGCGCCCAUAAUGAGAAUGUUUUGAGCUAUGUGUCAGAAGGCUUUCCAAAUUGUUACAAUCGCGAUUACUUCAACGUAAAAACCUUUGCUGUUACUACUGACCUACCUGGUAACACUUUCGCCAGAGCGCCAGGAACUUUAGAGGGCAUGGCUUGUAUGGAAAAUAUCAUAGAACACAUAGCAGCUGAAGUACGGAAAGAUCCCACAGAUGUACGAUUAGUAAACAUGAGAGAAGAAGACAACGAUUUACCCUCUCUUAUUGAAACGUUGAAAAAGAAAGCUGAUUAUGAGAAGAGGGUUAAUGAAAUCAAAAUAUUCAACCAAAAUAACAGAUGGAUGAAAAAGUCGAUACAUAUAAGUGUUAUGCUCUUUCCUGUGAUAUUUUAUGGCAAUUACACCGCCAUGGUCUCAAUUUACCGAGGGGACGGUACAGUGACUGUCACCACAGGUGGUAUUGAAAUGGGUCAAGGGGUAAACACUAAAGCAGCGCAAGUUUGCGCUUAUGAACUAGGCAUACCAUUAGAUAAAGUGACAGUUAUUCCUAGUUAUUCAUUUGUAGCCGCAAACAAUGUAUUUUCCGGCUCCAGUAUUGUGAGCGAAAGUGUUUGUUUUUCUAUCAUACAAGCAUGUAAUACGUUGAAGGAGCGAUUGAAGCCGAUAAAAGAACAAAUGAACAAUCCUACUUGGUUAGAACUGAUAAAGCGAGCUGGAGACGAACUUGUAGAUCUAACAGCUAUUUACAUGAUGACUGAUAAGGAACCCGACUUGCAAGGCUAUAGCGCCUUCGCUGUUACUAUAGUAGAAGUUCAAUUAGAUGUAUUAACUGGAAGUUUUCUAAUAGCAAGAGCAGAUAUUUUAGAGGAUGUCGGUUUGAGCACCAAUCCUAACAUCGAUGUAGGACAGGUCGAAGGAGCUUACGUACAAGGCUUGAGCUAUUAUACAUGUGAAAAGUUUGUCUAUGACAAAACGACUGGUAAAUUGCUGACGAACGACGCUUUGAAUUACGAAGUUUUUCUCGCCAAAGACAUACCGGUUGAUUUUAGAGUACAUUUUAGAUAUAAUUCAAAAAACCCGAAAGGUGUUCUUGGAUCUAAAGCUGUCGGAGAGAUGGGAAUUUGUACUUCGUAUGGUAUUAUCUAUGCUUUAAGACAAUGUAUUAUGGAGUCUCGAAAGGAUUCCGGUUACGACCCUUAUGAGUGGAUAGAUAUAGAUAUACCCUUGACGGCAGAAGCUAUAUUGAAAGCCCUGAAUGUAAAAACGAGUGAAUUAAUUUUAAACUAAAAUCUGUGUUUUUUAUCUACUAAAAAUAAAUAAUAUGAAAUGUCCAUAUGAUAUAGAAUAAUACAUUCAAGUAAUUAGCCAAAUUGCUGUUCUAAUUUGUUGAUAAUAUGCUGUUUUAAUUUGCUAUUUAAGUAAGAAUUUCUGUUUUGUAAGAUAAUAAAAUUGUUAUCAUUUA